AUGUCCAUGUUACGCCUCGCCGCCCUUGCCCACGGGGCCAAGCACACCGGAAGGAUAUCCAGAGACCCUCUCAUCCGUCAGUUGUGCAAGGACAAGAUCCAGAAGCCUUCUAGACCGGAAACCGAUCGGCUGUAUUGGCAGAGCGAGCAGAAAGCAGGACGCAUCAUCGGAUCGAGCCGCAACCUCAAGCGCAUCAAGAUGCCCGAGCACAUGGACAUGGACCCCGUAACCUGGACAAAAGAGCUCCUCGCCAGACGUGCCGCAUUUCCCGCAGAGCAUGCAGCCUCCGAGGAGUAUAAGGAGAGAAGGGACUUUAGGAAGUUCGAGCUGAUCUAUAGCAAGGACCUCGAGGCCUAUGAAGCCAUGGUGGCAAGGAGGAUGGCUGAGCGUGCCAGAAGGGGACUAGAUCGUCACCAGGGCCAGCGAAGGUCUCCAGGAACGGUCAACAACGAAUGA